AGGAACAGAUUUUGCUUUCUGAUAAUGCCGCCUGUCUUGCUGUUCAGGAACAUUGAAAACCUGCACCUAUUGUAAUGUCAGCAUCCACUGAGUCCCACAGCCAUUGGGGAAUCCAUCAUAACCAGGGAUGGGCUGCUACAGGUUUGCCCAGGUUUGGGAGAACCCCUAACUAACAUUAUGACUGGUUUGGAGAACCUCCCCUGGCUGGCUCCUUCCCUCUCAGGAGUCUCCCUCAACACGUUUUGAAUGUGAGGCUUUUUUACAAAUGUGCAAUCUGCCAGUCCAGGUGGUUUGUAGGGCAAAUGCAGAAUAUAUGUCCCCAUCUGGAAAAGUGCCCUUCAUUCAUGUAGGAAAUCAAGUAGUUUCAGAACUUGGACCCAUUGUCCAGUUUGUAAAAGCCAAGGGCCAUUCACUUAGUGAUGGGUUGGAUGAAGUCCAAAAAGCUGAGAUGAAAGCCUACAUGGAAUUAGUCAAUAAUAUGCUUUUGACAGCGGAGCUAUAUCUUCAGUGGUGCGAUGAUGCUACAGUCCAGGAGAUUACUCAUCCAAGAUAUGGUUCUCCUUAUCCUUGGCCUCUGAAUCGUAUUUUGGCCUAUCAGAAGCAAUGGGAGGUCCAGCGUAAAAUGAAGGCUGUUGGCUGGGGCAAUAAGUCACUUGAUCAGGUACUUGAAGAUGUAGAUCAGUGUUGUCAAGCACUUUCUCAAAGGCUUGGGACACAACUGUAUUUCUUCAAUAAGAAGCCAACUGAAUUAGAUGCUUUGGUAUUUGGACACCUGUUCACAAUCCUUACUACCCAGUUGAUCAGCGAUGAACUGUUGGAAAAAGUGAAAGGCUACCGUAACCUCAUUGCAUUUUGUAAAAGAAUAGAACAACACUACUUUGAAGUUAAGACGGCCUAGUCCUUCCUUCUCCAAACUGUCUUUGAGGAACAGAAUGCUUUUGAUGAUAGUAAUAGUAAAAUUAAUAUUUUGACUAUGCUUGUUUUAUUUUAAAAAGAUAGUUGCACAGAUUUGAAAAUUGGGCUUAGCUCUCAAGCUGCGCCAAAACUGUUGUAGCCCAAGAAAAUCUGUGAUGAAUUCAAGAAACCCACUGUAUUUAAAGCAAAAUUGAGUUUUUCAUUAUACAUGUCUCUGUGCCAUUUUAAUAUUCUUUUGAAGUGACCUCGAAACAAUAUUGUGUCAAGAUGUAAAACAAUAAAAGUUUAGACAAUUCUAUAAGUAUUUUUCUUAAUAUUUUUAACUGCCUAUAUACAUGCUACAUUUUUACAAUUAUUUGCAUUACAGCCAUUAAACUACUAAAUUGGGAUUGGUUAAAGGUAUCUAUGUAAAAUGUUUACAUAAAUAAAUUUUGCAUUUUUAUCCUGCUAUUAAAUAGAAUUCUCUUAUCUGGUUAUUUAAAAUAUUAACAGUAAAUACCAAGAAAAAUCACGCAUAAUGCAGAACCUCUAAAAUGCAUUAAUUUAUAGUAAAAUGUAAAAAUAAUAUAUAAAAGAUGAAAUUAUUCAGUUUUUUAAUCAUUCAUAAUUCUGGAGAUCAAGAAAGUCAGUCUAAAUAAAUCCCCUGUUUUUGAGAUGGUUAUUUCUCUUUUUUAAUUACAUGCCUUUGAGUGUUUGCUAGGUCAUCUGAAGGUAUUUGUCCCACCUUAUCUUUUUAUACCCUGUGAAGACAGAAAUUUGGUAAUUAAUUUUAAGUUAUUAAUUAGAACCUGUAUUUAAAUUAUUUUUCAAAUACAGCAAAGAUGGAACCAUCAUAUUGAAUUCAAAAUUGACUACUCUUGCUUUUUUUAAUCAGUCUUUCCAAUUGAAAACAAAGGCUAUGAAAAAGGAAUAUUCUUGCUCUUUAAAAUGGUUCCGUUCAGAGAAUAAGUGGAAAACCAGUUCUUUGAAGAUGGCUUGGCUGUUGCACAUGUUUAUCUAGGUUCCCAUUUACAAAAUGAUUUUAUUCUGAAUUAUGGAAUAAAGGAUUAUUGUUCUUUGUGA